CGGCGGUUUGCACUUGACGGUUUGCUGAUCAAGUUUCUUCUAGUUUCGUAGGUUAUUCUGUGUAAUCGAUAGCAGCUUCCCUCGAUCGGAUCACGCACAGGUCGUCGGCAGGUCGUUAUCAAUCAUCGCUGCUGGAUCAUAGGUUCACAGUGAAGAUUUUUGAAAACAAACAAUUUUUUUCCAUCGGGUUUUGUGCUUCGAGAGGAAAGCUAAAUGUGAUUGGUUUUGAUUUCACAAAUGUACUAAAAAAAGUAAAAAUUGUUACAAUCGUGUGAUGGAAACGAAAAAGUGUUUGAUCCUGUUGGCAGCAACGAUUUGCAGCGUCUUCGCUGUUCCCAGUGGCCAACCGUGGCGCAAUGGGAACGGGUUUUACAAGCGUGGUCAACGUACUGACUAUCGGACCUAUUCAGAACCGGCCAGAAGUGGUUCUACUUGUGGAUACGAGUCAUGCCCGGCGGUGAAGCCCAACAUGCUGAACAUCCAUCUGGUUCCGCACACCCACGAUGACGUCGGUUGGUUGAAGACGGUCGAUCAGUACUACUAUGGCAGUAAAACGUUGAUUCAAAAGGCUGGUGUUCAGUACAUUCUUGAUUCGGUGAUUGAUUCGUUGCUGAAGGAUCCAGCGCGACGGUUCAUUUACGUCGAAUCGGCAUUCUUCUUUAAAUGGUGGAAGGAACAGACGCCGGAGCUGCAGGAUGCGGUGCGUGGUUUGGUGAAUGAAGGUCGGUUGGAAUUUAUCGGCGGAGCGUGGAGUAUGAAUGACGAGGCUGCCACCCACUAUCAGAGUAUCAUCGAUCAGUUCACCUGGGGAUUGCGUCGGUUGAACGAUACCUUUGGGGAAUGUGGACGCCCUCGGGUCGGCUGGCAGAUCGAUCCAUUCGGUCACUCACGGGAGCAGGCGUCCAUUUUUGCGCAGAUGGGUUUCGAUGGAUUGUUCUUCGGGCGGCUGGACUACGAAGAUAAGCGCCAGCGGCUGUCGAAACAAAAUGCAGAGAUGAUCUGGCGAUCGAGUGCCAACCUGGUAGACAGUGAUCUGUUCACGGGGGUGCUGUACAAUACGUACCAACCCCCGCCGGGAUUCUGUUUUGAUAUCCUCUGCUCGGAUGAACCAUUCAUGGAUGGUCCAUACAGUGCGGAGAACAAUGUGGACACUAAGGUCGACCAAUUCAUAGCCAUUGUUAAGAACAUGAGUUCGUCCUAUCGCACAGAAAACAUAAUCCUAACAAUGGGUGAAGACUUUCACUACCAAUAUGCCGAAAUGUGGUUCAAAAAUCAAGAUAAGCUGAUAAAAUACACCAACGCCCGUCAAGCAAACGGUUCGAACGUUAACGUCCUCUACUCAACCCCAUCAUGCUAUCUGAAGGCCCUGCAUGACGCCGAUAUAACGUGGCCCACGAAAAGUGACGAUUUCUUCCCGUACGCGUCGGAUCCGCACGCCUUUUGGACCGGCUAUUUCACCUCACGACCCACGAUCAAACGCUUUGAACGCGUCGGCAACCAUUUUCUGCAAGUUUGCAAACAGCUGACGGCUCUGGCUCCGAACAAGGAAAACCACUUCACCGCCCAUCUGAAUGUCCUCCGCGAGGCGAUGGGUGUUAUGCAGCAUCACGACGCCGUUACCGGAACCGAGAAGCAACACGUAGCCAACGACUACUCGAGGAUGUUGCAUCGAGCAAUCGAGGCCUGCGGAGCCAACACGAAGGUUGCCCUGAACCAGAUGGUGGACCCGGCUCAGAAGAAGCAAGUAUUUUCGCGGAAAAAUUUCCACGGAAUCGAACGCGAAUUUACGUUCGAAUUCGAUACCUGCCAUUGGUUGAACAUCAGCAAGUGUGAAAUCAGCGAGGGUAAGGACAGCUUCAUGGUGACCCUGUACAACCCGUUAGCCCACUCCGGCUAUCAGUACGUCCGCUUACCCGUGUCCGGUAACAAAUACAUCGUCAAGGACUACCGUGGAGUGGAAACACCCUCUCAGAUGGUCUCGAUUCCGGACACCGUCCAAAACCUAAACUAUCGCUUCAGCAAUGCCACUCAAGAAUUGGUCUUCCUAGCGAAUGAACUUCCUCCCUUGGGCUACAAAUCGUACUUUGUUUCACGAGUCAUCGAAACCGUGGACGACUUCACGAGAAAACAUCGAUCCCCGAGUAUGGUAACUUUGCAUCCGGCCAACGGCCCCAAACAGUGGCACUCGGAGGAGGUGGUGAUCGGAAAUAAAUACUUGAACGUCAGCUUCGACAGCAACGGUUUUCUGAGUACGAUCACUGCCCAUGGCGGCAGUCAUCGUUUACGGCAAACUUUUGUCUACUAUGAAGGAGCGAUCGGUAACAACGUGGAAUGGCGGAACCGAUCUUCGGGAGCGUACAUUUUCCGUCCCAAUGGGACGGAGAAAUACGUAAGCGACUCUGUGUUGCUUCGAGUUUUCAAAGGCAAUGUGGUUCAGGAAGUUCAUCAGGUGUUCAACGAGUGGAUCAGUCAGGUGGUUCGAGUCUAUGCCGAUGAAAAUCAUGUUGAAUUCGAGUGGUUGGUUGGCCCGAUUCCGGUUGAGGAUGGCAUCGGAAAGGAGGUGGUAUCCCGGUUCUAUACAGCCGCUCAGUCGAAUGGUGUUUUCUGGACAGAUUCCAAUGGUCGCGAAAUGAUCAAACGAACCCGAAACCAUCGGGAUACGUGGAAUCUGCAGCUGGAGGAACCGGUUGCUGGUAAUUACUAUCCGGUGACCACGAAGAUCGCUUUGGAAGACGAAAACAUUCGGCUGGCGGUUUUGACUGAUCGUGCUCAGGGUGGUUCCAGCCUGCAGGAUGGUUCACUAGAGUUGAUGGUUCACCGACGUUUGCUGCACGAUGAUGCUUUCGGUGUUGAGGAAGCUCUCGAUGAGAAUGCCUAUGGCAAAGGGCUGGUUGCUCGCGGUAAGCAUUACGUAAUUUUCGGCUCAAAACAGACGACCAGUCCGACCCUGCAGGCCAGGGAACGGUUCCUACAGAACCAGAUUUUGCUGCCAACCUGGGUGUUUCUGAGUGAUACCACAAACUAUAAGUACGAAGAGUGGCAGAAACGCUUCAACAACAUUUACUCAGCCUUAUCCCUUUCCCUCCCGUUGAACGUCAACCUAAUGACAUUUGAACCAUGGAAAGAAAACUGUCUCCUGGUACGCUUCGAGCACCUACUGGAGAAGAACGAAGACCCGCUGUACUCGAAGCCGGUUCGCUUCAAUCUACAGGACAUCUUCCGCUCGUUCAGCAUUGAAGAAAUCAGCGAAACUACCCUGGCAGCGAAUCAGUGGAAGGAGGACAGCAAACGGUUGAAGUUUAAACCGGAUCCGGCUUACAUACAGCAGCAGCAGCAGGAGCAGCAGCAGGUGACUAAGGCAGGCCUGUUCGGCGGCGUUCCUCUCAAGCCAACGACGACGGCGACAACGCAAUCGGAUGUCGAAACGAAACAAACAACGGAAGCGAACGACGGUUUGCUCAAUGUAAGCAACGAAGGAUACGAGAUCGUGCUGGGUCCGAUGCAGAUUCGGACCUUCGUGUUGCAGUUGGAGUUCAGGCCAUAGAUACGACGGUACGGUAGCGAAUACAAAUGUAGACGUAAGUGUGACUGAUUGUAAGAAUUAAAUGCUA